UCGGCCAUGCCGGCGGCAGGGAAGCGCAGCGAGGCCAGGCGGGACGCCACGGCCCGGCGGCUGCAGCGCUUCGCGGCGCUCCGAGGGAGAGUGGCUGAGGCCGGCGAGUUCUGGGACGUGGUGGUGGUGACGGCGGCGGACGCGGAGCAGGAGCGGGCUUUCCGGGAGCAGCUGGGCGACAAGCUGCGGAGGAAGGAGCUGCCCCUGGGAACGCAGUACCAUGUCUGCACGGAUCCUCCCGGGCCCAAAAUCGGAAAUGGUGGCUCAACACUCCACGUUUUGCAGUGCUUGGAAGAUCUCUACGGUGAUAGAUGGACUUCUCUGACUGUGCUGAUAAUUCAUUCUGGUGGCUACAGCCAACGCUUACCAAGCGCGAGCGCCCUGGGGAAGAUCUUCACAGCGGUGCCCCUGGGGGAUCCUGUUUACCAGAUGCUGGAGCUGAAGCUGGCCAUGUACAUUGACUUCCCCAGGCACAUGGCGCCGGGAGUCAUGGUCGCCUGCUCGGACGACAUCGAGCUGUACAGCGCUGGCGGGGCAGAGCCGCUCGCGUUCCGGCGGGAGGGCUUCACCGCCUUGGCCCACCCUUCCGAGCUGGCGGUGGGCACCACCCACGGGGUGUUUGUGCUGGAGCCGGCCCACGCCUCGGGCAGCGGCGGGCCGGAGCCCGCGCCGUGCCGGCGCUUCCUGCACAAGCCUGACGUGGGGACGAUGCGGCGGUGCGGCGCGGUGCGCGCCAAACCCGGCCGGGCCGGGCCGGGCGCCGCCGGAGAGCGCGGCCAGCCGGCGCCGGGCCGCGAGUGCGUGUACACUGACAGCGUCUUCUACAUCCACCACGGCACGGCACGGCGGCUGCUGGCCUUCUACAAGCAGAUGGGCUCUCUGUGCUGUGAGAUAGACGCUUAUGGCGACUUCCUGCAGGCCCUGGGGCCGGGAGCCACUCCGGAUUACACCACCCACGCCGGUAACGCCGUGAAAGAGGACUCACGGCUGGCGGAGGUACGGCAGAAGCUCUUCUCCCUGCUGAAGGGAACUGCGCUGAACGUUCUGGUCUUGAACAACUCCAAGUUCUACCACGUUGGAACCACUCAGGAGUAUCUGUCUCACUUCACAGCAGACAGCAAACUGAGCUUUGAGCUUGGCUUGCUGCCCGUGGCCUUCAGCAUCUCCUCGGGCACCUUGGAUCCGUCAGCGAGCGUCAUCCAGAGCGUCCUGGAGCCAGGGUGUGUUGUUGGACCUGGGUCUGUUAUUGAGUACUCCAGAAUUGGGCCUGAGGUCUCAGUAGGGAAGGGCUGCAUCAUUAGUGGGUCACACAUCGAUGUGAAGGUAGAUGUACCUUCCAAGUGCUUCCUGAGCUCGCUGAGUGUCAGAGUGAACGGGCAGGUGAGGUAUGUCAGCAUGGCGUUUGGUGUGGAGGACGACCUGAAAAGGCGUGUGAAGGCCUUGUCAGACAUCCACUCACUCCAGUUCUUUGGAGUCAGCUUGCUGGAGUGCUUGGACCUUUGGGGUGUGAAGGUUUCCCACCAGCUCUUCUCUGGUGACAGCACACAGCUGGGGUUGUGGGCUGUGAGGAUCUUCCCAGUUUGCUCUACUUUGAGUGAAUCUGUCAGAAUGGCCUUAAAAAUGCUGAGCUCUGUGCAGCACAGGUCAGCCUUCGACCUGGGCAGCUGUAAGCUCUUGUCUGUGGAAGAAAUGCUCUCCUACAAGGAUGUAGAAGACAUGCUCAAGUUCAGGAAGCAAAUUUAUGAUGAAAUCCAUCUGCAGAGAGCAAAAGAGAAGCCUGAUGCGUAGGCUGAGCUGUACUUGAACAAAUUUCCUCUUUCCAGUAGGGGAUGAUGGAUGGCUCCCAGCUUGUGUAGCUCCUCAGCAGACAGCACACAGAUCUCUGCUCUGAUUCCACUGGAGCAGAAAUAAUGAAACUGCACCAGCAGCGUGGCUGUGGUGUGACAUCAAUAAUGCAGGCAAUGCAGAUAAACUCCUCUCCUGAUCAAAGAAGUGGUGAAAUGCAUCAGAUCUCUGAGAGCACUAAUGGGGGGGCUUCUCUUGGGGUGCACAUGAGGAUGCUUUGUGGACUUGGUCAUCAAGGUCUCUUCCAAGCAGAGCAAUUCUCUGAUUCUUUGUCAGUAAGAAUCACAGAAUCAAUAAGGCUGGAAAAGACCUCAAAGAUCAUCAAGUCCAACCUCUCACCCAACAGCUCAUGACAACUAAACCAUGGCUCCAAGUGCCACAUCCAGUCCC